UCUUCCUCCUUCUCCUCCUCUCUUCGUCUGCUGCUGCCUCCUCCUCUCUCACAGUUCUUUUUUUACCGUCGCGAGUCGACAUCUUUCAGAAGUGAGCUCUGUUUUGGAGCUGGAAUUCAUGGGCUCUUUUUGCCCUUACUCUUCGAAGCUGCUGCAGUGUUUGUUGUGUAAAAGUCGAAAAGUGAAAAAGUGUCCUCUGGUUUGUCCACUCGAUGGUUUUAUACAUGCUGUGAGACGGCGAUGAUCCGACGAGUGACUUGGGGUUAGGUUGAAAGAAGUGAACUGCGUUUGUUUGUGGUGCUCUAAAAAAGAUUGCGUUUCACUGUAUCGGCUUGAAUAUUGUUGGAAGGGUUGAUUCUUGUGCAGUUGUCCGUGUUUAUUUUGGGUUGUAAGAGUUGCAGAAUAGUAAUAGAGCGAUUCCACCAUUCAUGCUAAUCCAUUGUGCUCCAGCUUUCAGUUAUGUAAAUAUUUAUGUAGCUCUGGUCAAUGGUUAUCUUUCAUUCAAAAAGAGUUUUGUUGGUUUAUCACUGGACUUCAAAUCACACUGUUAAACUUUGUAAUUUACUCUAGAAAGCUUUGCUCUGCUGGUUGCUAUGGCUAGCUUAUGUGAGUUCAAUAUAAUUCAUGAACAGAAUCUGUGCAAUGUAACUUGUUGUAGAUUCUACAUUCUAUGAACGCUUCAUACAAAUUUUCUAAUCGUAUACAGUAUUACCUUAGAAGAACCAGCCAAUUGUUGAUGAUUUGUUAAUGUGCAGCCAGUGAGAGUGCAAUGAGACGGCAGUGCUUCAUGAAAAAACAUUUUUUCAAAUGUUACUUUAUUUUGUGAAGUUAGUGUUGAAAAGUACUGAAACCAUGUUCAGUAGUGAGAUGAAAUUCUUGAAACUGUGAAAGCCUUUAAAUUGGCAUCCUAAAUUUCAAGGGAUGAAAUUAUAUACGAUUAUAGUUCACGUCAGAUAAGCCGAAACAUGUCUGGUGACUCCAGCUGGAAUGCCGUUAUCCAUCACCCAUCAGAACUGGAAUUACAAAGCUGGGAUUGGGAUGGCAAUGAUGGCGAACCAGAGCGUGAACUUCCCUCUACAGUUGACAUGGGUGCCAUCAAAGAUGGUGGCAAUUGGAAUCCAGUCACUGGUGUAACUACAAUAAAUUCAGAAGAUGACUCUGAUUCAGAAGAAGACAGUUCUGGCGGAAGCGAUGGCAGUUGCUCUUAUUCUGAUUCAAAUUCAGAUACAGACAAUGAUAGCAGUGAUGGUGAUAGUGAUUCAAAUUCUGACUGUACGUCAGAUCACAGCGAGCAAACGUUUUCAAUUCGAGAAACAAACUUUGAGCAGGGAGGUUUAAAAUUAAAAAUAAGCAUGAAAGUACCUAGGAAAGAAGAUUUAGAAAAAUUAAGACUUGACAAGGCAAGGCGUUUAUUGCCUAGGAGAAAUAAAAAUAUUUUAGUUAAGGUAUCAGACUGCAGUACUGAUGAUUCUGAUGAUUCAUUAAAUCAAACUGUGGCACCUUAUUCUCCAAUCCAACAAACUUUACUGCAACAACAAGCACUGCAACAGGCAAAGCAAAAAUUACAGCAGCAGCAGCAGCAAAAAGAACUGCAGCUAAAACAACAACAGUUAAAACAACAGCAGCAACAAAAUCAAUUGAAUUCGACCGCGCUUAAGCCAACGCCACCUCAACCAGUUUCGUUGACGCAGUCUCACCAAUCUCCGCAUUAUUCCACACAACCACAGCAACAACAUCAACCACUACUGCAGCAACAACCACCUCAACGACCGCAGCAGCCUCCACCGCUACGACAGCAACAGCCUCACCAACAGCAACCGGUCAUUGCUACGGCUCCCGCGUCGCAGCCCCUGCAGGAGAUCAAUCAGGAAGACCUCGCAGCAAUACUACCUGAUCAGGAGCAUGAGGAUACGCCGUUCGAUGGAUUCGAGGACUCGGAGAGUGGUCGGCUCGUCUCGAAAGCGAUCGAGCGUAUGUCUCUUGGUGCGGAUUCAGAUUCCUCGGAGAAUGUGAACGAACGCAACCCGGUGCCGGUUUAUAGUUCCUCAUUGCUGCAGCAGUUUGUCGAGAAGACGGCUCAGCUGUCGGAGCCACGUUGCAAGCGACGAAACGUCAAACAGCCGGUUGAGAGAAAGGCUCGUGAACCCGCGGAGUACGUUUGCACCUCGUCCAACGUCUCGCCGGAUUCUGGCAUCCAAUCGGUCGACAAUAGUCCGUUGCAUCUCGUCAGCUCGGUCAGUCCGCCUCCCGCGGCAACUGCGGCUGCUACCGCGAACGCUGUCCAGUCGCCCGUACAGGCGGGUGCUGCUGGAACGAGUGCUGCUAGUGCAUCGACGAGCAGUAGCAACAGCAAAGUUUCAUCUACAUCAGCAGCGAAGGCCAGUAGCACAACAUCUUCCUUUAGCACGGUUUCAACGACCGUGACGACGACCACAUCAGUGUCGGCGGCGACGGCCGCAGCGCUCGCGGCAAAAUCGAAGCCAGUUGUAAACGUGGACCGAGUGCUGAAUCCUCCCAAACGCAAACCCGGUAGACCAGCAAAGGUCACUUCUUCCUCGACACAACCACGUGGACCUGGUAGGCCGGCAAAACCAAAACCCCAGGAAACUAUUGUGCCGGCAUCUAAAAAGGAAGCAGCACAGCCGUCAGAAAAGCCGACAGUGAUUACUAAAGACAGUCCGUGUUUAAAAAGAGCUAAGGUCGUUGUGUCGCAGUGUAGCAGGCCGCCUGUUAAACAGCCGCCGCCGCCGCCACGACCACCACAGCCCCAGGAAGAUGAUGAUGAUCUUGAAAGCGAUGAAACGCUUGACCAGAGGUUAAAGAACAGAAAAUCUGGUCUCAGAAAAUCGAUCGAUAGUGCUACAACAAAGCAGAGUACACAAGUGCAUCAACCGGAAGAUGCAAAAGUGUGCUUGACUCGUAAAAAGUGCCUAAGCAAACCAGCGCAAGCUUUCGUCGCCGGAAAGCGCGCUAAGGAGACAAAGUCCGAACAAUCUCAAAGCAGUGAGGAGCAACUACCCGGCAAAAGAAUGAGGCGGGAAAAGUCUACGAGGAAGGACGCUUCUUCCAGUACGCCUAAAUUGACGAGUACGGAGCGAAGCGACGAAAACACUGGCAAAUUGGAUAGUAAGAAGAGUUCAAAAGAAAACAGGCUGGACCUGACAAGUCUGAGUAAACGGCAACUACCGGCGCGAAAGACUCAACAACAGCAAGUCCAGCAGCAGCAACAACAGACACUGCCGACGUCCCGGCGAGUGCUCAAGGAAAACAAAGCUAAUAAGAAGGCCACUACGACUAAUAACAAUAACAAUAACAACGAUACCAGCGACAUUUUGGAGACGAAUGGUGUCAGUGUCCAGGCCAUCAUUUCUUUGCCCGUAAUCAAUCCGAUGAAGAGCAGCGAUUCAACUGCGGAUAGCGGUGGUGGCGAAAAGAAGUUGUCGAUGGGACGUGGCUACCGACAACCGAAGCGUGCUUCGCAGCCGUCGCGUGCCGGAUCGGACAGCAACGGUGCCGCCUCAGAGUCUCAAUCAAAACAACAGCCACUCCAUCAUCACCAUCAUCAUCAUCACAAACAUCGGCGACGUGUUGCUCCACCGAAAACGCCUAUUCGAGUCGAUCCAGCUGUGGGCCAAGAACUCGAGCGUCUCAUCGACGAGUUCAGCAAGCUCUGCACACUCGGAAAACCAGGAACUACUGGCGGUGCUCUUGGAGGUAGCGGCACAAACGGGGUCAAUAAUGCAGCUGCAGCGGUCGCUGCCCUCGCGGCUGGUGCGCAGAUGGGCGAGCUCCUAUUACCCCAUCAGAUAUUUAGGGUUAAAAAACCUGGCAAGAAACGCAAGGGUGCCGAAAUUAGCCUUACAGAGGAACAGAAUGCUGGCAAAGUCUUGAAGCGUCGUGUGAAGAAGGAGAAGACGGGCAGCAGUAGUGGAAGCUGCAGCAGUGGCAGCAACAGCAGCAACGCCAGCGUAACCGAAUCUAGCAACCCGAACGAGCAGCGACUGCCGUUAAAAAAACGUCACUAUCACGUAUCCGGUGUAAACAGUAGCUCACAAGAGCAACCUGCUGACGGUGAGGACGGGGAAGUCGAGGAGGGUGACGAGGAUGACAUUGACGAGGAAGAUGAUGAUGACGUCGAGGAAGACGAGAAUGAGGUAGAGCAUGAAGAAGAAGAGGAGCGCGACCAGAGUCACGUUGAGGAGUCUACCGAGACUCCUAUCGAGACUCCAACUGUUCCUGCUUCUACUCCACCGAAGAACGAAGCAGAGAAAAAAGAGAGCGUGCCCCCAGUUAGCGAAAGUAAGAAGAAGGUCAAAGAUGCCCUAGAAAGUACGGCUGUUGAUAAAACUGAAACUGAAACCAGUGAAUCGAACGCCGAUAAAUCGCAGAAUCAACUCGAUUCGCAGCCUAGGCGUAAAAAGAAAAUUGUUAAAGAUUUACGUGUGACGGUAACAAAAUUACCCGUUGAGAAUAAUCACAUUAUCGAUAAAAUCGAAAAGUUGGAGAAGAUGUGCGCGGGCGACAAGACAUCAAAAUCCAGCGCAGAAAAAAUGUUGAACAAAGUUGCGAAGGUUUUAUCAGAGAAAAUUGACAAACCAGAAACACGCUCUUCCGAUCAUAAUUUGCGCCCAGAGCGGACUGCUAAAAAUAAGCAGUCCAAAGAAGAUAAAGAAACCAGUGCAAACAAACCUACUAAGAAAGAUUUGGAAGCCAUUAAAGCCGGCAAAAAGGAAACCGAGACGAACAAAACCAUCAAGAAAGACAUUGAAGCUAAUAAUAGAACUGUAAAGAAAGACGUUGAAGCAAAUAAGUCUACGAAAAAAGAUACAGACGCCGGUAUUAAAGUAACUAAGAAAGAAAGCGAAUCAAAUAAACCUCAUAAAAAGGUCAGUCCUGAUAAUGCAAAAUUAUCCAAGAAGGACGUCGAUAUCAACAAGAUAACUAAGAAAGAUCCUGAAACUAGUAAAAAAGAUUUAGACAAUAAGUUAAGCAUAAUCAAAAACAGCGAGGUAGUUCUUCAUAAAACAAUUAAGCACGAGGCCAUCACCACUUCUGUCACGAGCUCCACUAGUAGUUCCUUAGCCGCGAUGAUGAUCAAGAAAAAAAUCCGCCGCAGAAAGGCAAUCAAUCGAACGGGCUUCCCUACUCUUAAAAAGAAAAAGAAGAAGUCAAUCACAACUGCCAUAUUGAUGAAGGAAGAGUUGCAGAAGGCGGCAGUCAACAAGGUCGAGAAGAAACCAAUUCUAGUGAAGACUAGUUCUGCCGAGGUGAAGAAGCCGAAGGUAGAAGCGAAAGAAACUAAAGAAAAGAAGAAAUCUGAAGUUCCUGUGACUAAAUCCGAAGUUCCUCCGGUAAAGGAAGCAGCAAACAAAGACGAGAAUCUCGAAAGCAAAAAGUUGGGUGAUGAAAAAAUAUUGUGCGAUAACGAUCAUGCUAGUCUGGAGGAUAAUACUCAAACGUGUUCGGGACAACUUAGAGUUAGGAAAGACUUGGUGAUCGAGUGUGACGGAACUAAGCCGUGUGAUAAGUUAUGCCCGGUGAAGUACGAAAAAAUUCAGGACUCCAGGAUGUACGAUGAGAAUGCAACUCUUGAAGAAUCUCUUGAAAGAUACAAUCAGAGCCAAAAGGUCGCUGUACUAAGCGAGGAAAACGUACGCAAACUCGAGUGUGCUAACUCGCACGUAAGCGUUAAGCUCGAAGCCCAUGCCUGUCUUAAUAAUAAUAACCAUCGACACAGGAUACGCGGUUCGGCCAGUCCGUGCCCCCUUACAGUAAAGAAUCUCAAGAGGUUGCGAAACGACUACGACACGGAGAGCGAUGCGCUACCCAGUAGCGACAUCGCCAGUGACGAUCACGACAAACAAGCUGGAGGUUCAACGCGUUGUCGCAGGAAGCAACCUCGCUGGAAGAAGCGCUACCUGCAAGCCGGUCUUUUCUCCGAUUACUUUAAAGAAGACGAACCGCGCAAGGCUUCCAGUUCCGACUCCGGAGCUAGUAAGAACAAGAUGGUCUACGACCCUAACGAACAUCCGCACGGUCUUCUGCCGCCACCGUAUCACUGCGGCAAGUUUCUCAGACAACGCGAGAUCCCGUUCCAGCUACCCUACGAUCUCUGGUGGCUGCACACGCAUUCUAGGCUGCCUGGCAGAGACCUGGUUCCAUCUUGGAAUUACAGAAAAAUUCGUUCGAACGUGUAUUACGAUGUUAAGCCAACUAUGCAUUACGAAGCACAAGCUUGCGAAUGUAAGCCCGACGCUGGUUGUGGUGACGAUUGCAUUAAUCGUAUGGUAUUCAGCGAGUGUUCGCCUCAGUUGUGCCCAUGUGGUGAACGUUGCAAAAACCAGAAGAUUCAGAAGCAUGAUUGGGCACCUGGUCUGCAACGAUUCAUGACAGAGUCUAAGGGCUGGGGCGUCCGUACUCAUGAACCCAUCAGAACCGGUGAAUUCAUCUUGGAAUACGUUGGGGAGGUCGUAUCCGAGCGCGAGUUUAAGACGCGGAUGGCUACGCGCUACGCUAAUGACACACACCACUAUUGUCUACAUCUUGACGGUGGCCUCGUAAUUGAUGGACACCGCAUGGGAGGUGAUGGUCGCUUCGUCAACCACUCAUGUGAACCUAAUUGCGAGAUGCAAAAGUGGAGUGUCCAUGGUUUACCACGUAUGGCUCUAUUUGCUCUGCGCGACAUCACCGCUGGCGAAGAACUGACUUACGACUACAAUUUCGCCCUGUUCAAUCCAUCCGAGGGACAAGAAUGCAGGUGCGGUAGUGAAGGUUGUCGUGGAGUUAUAGGUGGCAAGAGCCAACGAGUCGCAAGGCCUGCCCUACUGUCAAAUCAGUCGUCUGGCGGCAACAGCAUUAACAAUAACGGCAACGUUCCUACAAGUGUCAUCCCGACCAUCGAAAGGCGGUCAGUGGGUCGCCCACGUAAAAACGCACGCAAGACCAAUAGCAUUGGUAGCGCUGCGCCUGGACACGCAGGCCAACAGUCUGGACAAUCGAGUCUGCCGGCCUCUUCUAGUCGCAAAGGCGGUCUUUGCAAACGCAGAAUCGGACCAGAUGGAAAUCCCUUACCGAUGCCUCAGAUCAAGCCACUCUCACAUCAACAGCGCUGCUUCGUACUCGAACACCGUUGCUUUCUUGUGCGUAAUAUCGAAAAACUACGCAGAGGCAAACUACCUGUCUCGCAGCCUAAUGCUCAGAAUAAGGGUGUAGUGAAGGUUGGUGGAACUGUAGGAAGUGGAAUGCAGACAGCGAAAGAAAAGGGUGUGGGUGACGUGAAAGCCAACGCCGAGGUAUUUUUCACUCAUCUGACUGCAUUAACCAACACGGGUUCAAGAACCGUAAGAACCAGGAGGCUUGCGCAGGCGCAAGAUGAUCCUGAGGUUAAUAAGACUGCUAAACUAGCUAAGGUAUUAAAAGAUCUAUAUUCUAUAAUAACAAACGCGAAAGACGAAAAUGAUGCGCUUCUUUGCACACCCUUCAUGACGCUACCGCCGAAGCGUAAAUUACCUGAGUAUUACGAGAAGGUUCAGGAACCGAUCGACCUGACCACUAUUGACCAAAAUAUAGACAAUGGCCAGUAUAAGACUGCCGAGCAGUUUGACCAAGACGUUAUUAAAAUGUUUGACAACAACGUGAGGUUCUUUGGUAGAACCUCUGACAUUGGUAUAUCAGCUGCAAGAUUAAGGAAACUCUAUCUUGGCAGUAAGGCUGACUUCGUUAUUCCAAUAACUGAAGCCACAGGAUUACCACCCUCGCAGGCAUUCCUACCUCCCAGAGGUUCAACCGCUGGCGAGGAGGAUGUUAUUAGAUGCAUUUGCGGUUUGCAUAGGGACGAAGGUUUGAUGAUCCAGUGCGAACGUUGCCUGGUCUGGCAGCAUUGUGACUGCGUUAAAGCAGACACAAGCGCAGAGUCUUACUUGUGUGAACGAUGCCAACCUCGAGUUGUAGAUUACGAGAUACCUCUUGAAGGCGAAGAAGAAGAAGAAGGCAAAAAGUUUUAUGUCACACUGAUGCGAGGAGAGCUGCAGUUGAGGACGGGGGACACAGUCUACGUGCUCAGAGAUACGCCAGAGAAACACACAUAUAAGACAAUACAAAAGUUCGAUUACGAGCAGAUGGACAUCUUCAGAAUCGAGAGAUUGUGGAAAAACGAUAGUGGCGAAAGAUUCGUAUACGGGCAUCAUUAUCUACGACCGCAUGAGACGUAUCACGAACCAACGCGUAAGUUUUAUGAGAACGAGGUUGUCUGCGCGCCGCUGUACGAAGCUGUGCCUUGUGAAUUAGUGGCCGGCCGAUGUUGGGUUCUUGAUCCGCAUACAUUCUGCAAAGGUCGCCCAGUUAACUCGAGCCCAGAGCACAUAUAUGUAUGCGAGUUUCGCGUGGAUCGACAAGCUAGACUAUUUACGAAAGUCGCCAAAUCGCGACAUCAAGUCUGCACAAAACCGUAUGCUUUCGAAAGUUUUCCGCAACGUAUAAAGCACUACAGGACUUAUUUUCCUCACAGUCUCGAUGGCAUUCAAUCCGGAGGAAAAGGUACAAAAGAUAAUAAAAAGAAAAAUGGCGCAGAAAUUGAACAUAGUGGCAACAAAACAGAAUCUCGGAAUAACAGUAAAGUGAAUAACAAAGAACAGCAGCCACAUAAACCUCGAGGACGAAGGCGACUUGUUGAAAAUGCACCUAUAACAACAGACAUAGACUUCGAUCAGAGAGAAGAAAGAAAAAAGAGACUGAAUAGCAUUUUGCUAAACUUACUAGACAGAAUGCCAAAUAAAAGCGAACCCUUGGAUGUGUCAAAUCUUUUAGAACGCAACAGAAGAAACCGGAAAAGGCCGGGAAUACUGAAUCCGUGAUAUUGGGUUAUUUAAAUGCAUAAAUGACGGCUCGGGUGGCUAAAAAGAUGGAAUUCAACAUCGUUUAUUUUUUUGCAGCCAUGUCUCAAGACAGUCUGCCGAGCGCGUGAUUUAUAGCAUUUAAAGUCUUUCUGUCGGACUCACUAGGAAAAAUACGUUUCAUGCAAGGAAAUAAACUUUGCGAGUAGGUUAGCAAAUUAAAGAAACAGCUGUGCAAAAAUGUCGAAACGAAUUGCGAAACUGCGAUGCCACUGUUCGUGUAACAAAGAGAUCAAUCGCAUUGUGUAUGGAAAAAUUGAGUUAUUAGGCACACUUGCCUACUUGUAAUUAUAUUACCUCAUCGGAUAAUUAAAAAUGAUCUGAUGUCUGUAAAAAGUUAUACACAUCCCCGAGGCGCGCGCAUUAAAUGAAUAUUUAGAGAAUCGCAAAGAUUUAUAAGCUAAUUUAAACAAAUUACCCUUGGGUUCGAAAGAAAAAAAGAUCUUAAACGUUCUCAUUAGAGGACUGACAGACUUUUUUUGUUUCGUACAACGUACGUUAUUUAAUGUAUAUCGAAAAAAUACAUUUGUACAGAGUUAAUUGUAAAUUAUUUUUAUUUUUAUCAAGUUAAUAAUCAUUGUUAAAACCAGAAUAGUCGAUUGUACAAAUUAUAAAGUGCGCCCUCAAGAAGUCACGCUUAAAGUCGCGCAAUAUUUAGUAUUAUAUUUUUCAUAACCCUGGUGUAAUUAACAAAAUAGGGCAUAGACACUUAAUGAAUGAACCGGCGGCUGAUUUUUUUUUUGGUACUUGUGCAUUACUUUUGUAAUCAAAUCGCAUCGAUGUAACUUCCCUGUUGUAUGAUAAACUUUUACAUGUCAACUUCUUAACUUGUUAAAAUCAUAUAAAAGAAGAGACAUUUCAGUGUAAAGUCAAAGCGAAACAUUAGAUUCAUCCUUUAUAUAGAGCCUUAACAAAAUGAUAAAUGUCUUUUGCAGAAUCAGGCAUCUUAUAACUGUGUCUAAGAAUUUUAAUUGCUUGAAGAUAUAUUCAUUUACUUUUCGUAGUUUUAGCAUUUUUAGAUUGCUACACAGUAAACAUAAUAGCAUUAUUGAUUAGUUGAUUGCUUUCAAAAAUAUUCACCUAUAAUCAAUAAAAAAUAUCUUAAAAGCAGACGUUUAUAAACAAAAAUGACAUUUUACAUUACUUUUGCGUUUACGAUUUUUGAAAUGUAUUUCGACAUGAAAUAAGUAUUUUUAUAAAAAAAAAAGUAAAACAGCAAGCAUGUACACGAAAAAAAUCAUUUUUAAAAUAUUAAUACAUAAAAGGAAAAUAUCGUAAUGUACUUAGAUGUCCAACUCAGAUCCCUGCGAGAAGAUCUAAAAUUUAGAAAAGACACUUAUUGAUGUCACGCUUGGACUAUCCUCAAGAAAUGUAAAAUGAUUGAAUAAUCCCAAACAAAAAGCUUUUGUGCUAUUUACAAGCAACAUUUGUACAAAGCGGGUUUUAUUUUCGGUGGAAUAAGAGUUCUUAUACAUCCCGAUCCUUUAGAAUCUUCAGUCUGUUUUUAACGCAUAACAUCGAAAUGGUCUUAUACCUUUUCACACCUGACAGGGCUUGUGUAGCUUUAUAUAUGUAUUAUAUAUAUAUGUAGAUGCGAUAAUGCUUUUGUACGUUUCCUCAUAAUGCCGCUUGUUACACACAAACUCAGUAUCCGUUCUCUAGCGUUCUUCCGUUUUUUUUGCCUCCAUCAAAAAUCUAUUAUUAUUAUUAUUAUUUUUAAAUCUAAUUUUUGGAUACUUAAAAUACUAUUUCACUGACAUACUUUAAACGUAUGCAUUUAUCAGAGUUUAUACUUGCUAAUUCAUUUUUCGACCAUUUCUUGCCUAGAUAAUUGUGUAUCUACUUUUUUAUUUAUGACACUUUAAAGGAAGCCGUUGAUUUAGGCAAAAUCAAAAAAUAUGUGCACUCAAUUAUGCAAGGGAUAUUUUGAAAAACGAAGCGUUAAAUAACUUUUGAAUGAUAAAUUUUUCAUAAUUUUAUUAACAAAAAAGUAAGAUGAAAUUUCUAAAUAUACCCUAAAGAUUUAUUGUUUUUAUAAUGAUUUUGUUAUAUGCCAAGGCGCACGUAGAAAACUCCUGAUUAAUCACGGCGAAUGUGAUUACUCUUACAAAGAAAUUUUUAUUUCUAUAAUAUAUGUCGUUUGAAAUAACUUCCAAACGCGAUAACGUUGUGGUAGUAAUGUGUGCUAUAUAAUCCUAAUUUAAAUAAAUUUUCUGGUUAUUUCUUAAAAAA